AUGGUGUUUGUGUUCUUUGACAUCACAGUCAACAGGGAGACCUUCAGCCUCAUCUCCUUUGAGCUCUUUGCAGAUAAAGUCCCAAAGACAAUAGAAAGUUUUCAUGCUGUGAACACUGGGGAGAAAGGAUUUGGUUAUAGGUGUUCCUGGUUUCACAGAAUUAUUCCUGGGUGUACGUGCCAGGGUGGUGACUUUACAUGCCGUAAUGGCACUGGUGGUAAUUCCAUCCAUGAGGAGAGGUUUGAUGAUGAGAAAUUCAUCCUGAAGCCUACAGGUCCCGGCAUCUUGUCCACAGCCAAUGCUGGACCUGACACAAACAUUUUUCAGUGUUUCUUCUGCACUGCUACGGCUGAGCAGCUGGAUGGCAAGCAUGUGGUCUUUGACAAGGUGAAAGAGGGCAUGUAUAUUUUAAAAGCCAUGGAGCAUUUUGGGUCCAGGAAUGGUGAGACCAGCAAGAAGAUCACCAUUGUCAACUGUGGACAAGUCUAA